AUGGGUAAAGUUCAUGGUUCUCUUGCACAAGCCGGCAAGGUUCGCUCUAACACUCCAAAGGUCCCAAAGAUGGACAAGCCUAAGGAAGUUCGUGGCCGUGCUCGCCUUCGCAAAAUCUACAACCAACGCUUCCUUGCAGUCAAUCCAGAUGCCAAGCGCAAGACCGGUCCAAACUCUCAAUCUCAAUAA